AUGCCUUACCUCGAUAUCGAGAAGAAGAGGCUGUUCUACACCCAGGUGGAAGCCGAAUCGCCUCGGGCGGGAUCGCCAGUGUUGGUUUUCAUUCAUGGACUCGGUUCAUCCCACUCGUUUUAUACGCCCGUGAUGGGCCAUCUUGCGGCUGCAGGAUAUCCCUCCGUUGCAUUUGACGUCUAUGGAAGUGGCCUUUCUGAGUUGAUGCCGGGCACUGAGGACCCAACAUUUGACUCGAUAGCUCAAGAUGUUGAGAGUCUCAUUUCAAAACUGAACAUCCCUAUCGAGAAUGUCGUUGCCGUCGGCCACUCGAUGGGCGGUAUCGUGGUGGCCAAGCUUGCGUCAAGGAACAAACUUCGCGGUGCAGGCCUCAUUGGACCAGUUUUGCCCAAGCCGGCAAUGGCAGGCAUCUUCAAUUCACGAGUUGAGACAGUAAUGCAACACGGAAUGGAAGCAAUGGCCAAUACGAUCCCUCUCGCUGCGACAGGUUCCAGGGCCAACUCGACGCAAAAGGCGUUUAUUCGAGCACUACUCCUCUCUCAAAAGACAGAUGGAUAUAUUGCCCUUUGCAAUGCCAUUGCUAAGGCCGAGCGGCCAUCAUAUGCCGACGCGCACUCACCUUUGCUUAUCAUUGCGGGAGAGGAGGAUAAAACAAGUCCUGUCUCUGAUUCCGAGGCGAUGCUGGAAAGCUGGGGAUGCGAUAACUCAGCCAAGAACAUUCGAAUUCUCCCUGGCGUUGGACAUUGGCAUUGUAUCGAAGCUGCGGAUGAAGUCGGUUCAGCUCUAGAGGACUUCGUCUCAAAACUGGGUUGA